UACUGACGGCUCAACGAAACGGUUUCGUGUGCUCGUUGUGGGAGCGAACGUGUGAAGUAAAAAUAUAAAUAUUAAAGUUUCGGUUUUUUUGCGGAGAAAGAAAUUGAAAUUUUAUUACUCUAACUGUUGGGUGGUUGAAUAGUAGCUGUGUGGAAUUCUUUCUUUUAUGGCGUGCAAAUAUUAAAAUGUUAGUGUGAAAUAAAAAUAUUUUUAUCAUCAUUAAAGCUUAAAAUCUCUGCAAAAAAAUGUCUUUCCUAUCGCCAUCCUUGAGGUUAGAGAAUUUACCAAAUGAACCUAUUAUGACACUCGACCAUAUACCGGAAGAGAAACGUUACAACAAAAAUAAUAUUGUGGCCAAAUGGUGUGCGCCAAUAAAUGGGAAAAUGUAUCGCAUCGAAUUGGAACAUGGCACGACCACAGGGCGACGAAUGAUAUGGGUAAAUGGAAAGGAAGUCCUACGCCGCGAUUGGAUGUUCAAAUUGGUGGGCGAAGACUCCUUUUAUAUCGAUCAAGCGCGUUGCAUUAUACGUGUCGAUCCAGCACCAGGUUUCAGAUAUGAAUACUCACUCUAUAUUGAUGGCAAACCGCACGAACUCUACACCGAUGAGCUGACGAAACAUUAUCGACUGUGGUUGGUCAGUAUUGAGGAUAAUGAAUAUCGCAUAAUGUUGGAAUUGGACACGAUCAAUUUGUAUGUGAACGAUCAGUUGCGCAAAGAAACGGGCGACUUCGUCGACGGUGGCACCGACACCAAAUUUACGGAAAAUGGCAAUGAGUUUGUGCUGCAAGCGCGUUCGAGUGGCAAUAAAUUGGAUGGCUUGACACACACCCUACUGGCGAAUGGUGAAGUGAUACCUGAGGCUAAGAUCAUCGAAGUCAUGCAAGAGCCCUUCUCGAUUUUAUCGUCCAUUUAAUGUGUGAGUGUAUUUUGAAGUGACCACCGCUGUGAAUUGUUGUUUAAGUAGAAAUAAAAGUGAUAUAAUAGCAUAGUGCUCGUUAUGUGCUAAAAAUCGAAUGAGUUUUAAUUGAAAUUUGUGGAUAAAUGUGUAUUUGAAAUAAAUAAUGGAUGAAUG